AUGCCCAAAAGAAAGGCUGAAGGGAUUACUAAAGGAGAUGAAGCCAAGGUGAAGGACGAGCCACAGAGAAGAUCUGCAAGGUUGUCUGCUAAACCUGCUCCUCCAAAGCCAGAGCCCAAGCCUAAAAAGGCCCCUGCAAAGAAGGGAGAGAAGGUCCCCAAGGGGAAGAAGGGGAAGAAUGCGAAAAUCCCUGCAGAAAACGGAGAUGCCAAAACAGACCAGGCACAAAAAGCUGGAGGUGCUGGGGAUGCUAAGUGA